UCCGAGUUACUUCCUGUCGAAAAGGGGAGUUCCAGGAAUAAUGUUGUAGACUGGUUGAAUUGCUGUAUUGUUUUGAAUUAUCGCGCAACCAACAUGAGCGAAGGUUUAGCAAGAAUCUUAUCCAAGCCGGAUUUCAAUCCUGAAAAUUUUGUGGCCAAGCUCACAUUCCAUGGAGAUCAGAAUGAAUUACUUGACAUGAAACAGAAGGUGCAGAUUCUCAAUGAUGAGACUGCACAAGCUCUCAAGAAGAAUGUCUACAAGAACUACACGCAGUUCAUCGAGACGGCCAGGGAGAUAUCAAUUCUGGAGGGAGAGAUGUACCAGCUGAGUCACAUGCUGACAGAACAGAAGGGGUUGAUGUCCUCCAUGAUGGAGAUGUCUCUCGUUAGUGAUAAAGCGGUUGUUGAGGGUCCAAAGGAAGAAGAAGAACAGGAGAGCCCAGAGGAAGAAACUCGGAAAAACCUGGCCUUUCUAUUGGAGAAAGUUGAUGGCUGCUCCAGUGUAACCGAGGUACCAGGCAGGCAGUUGAUCCACGACGGAGACCUGAUGGAGCUGGACACGGAGACAUUUACCUCGAUACAGCGUGUCCACGCCUUCCUCCUCAACGACAGCCUCAUGAUCGCCACCUGGAUUCCAAACAGGCGAGGAAACGUAAGGUAUCGUUUUCAAGGGCUGUAUGAGCUGGACAGUUUAGCCAUAGUCAACGUCAAGGAUGUUGGGCCAGUGAAGAACGCCUUCAAGAUGCUCAUGUUCCCGGAGACCAGGAUUUACCAGGCAGAUAGCACUAAGGCCAAGAGGCAGUGGCUGGACAUCCUGGAGGACACAAAGAAGAAAAAGGUGGCAAAGGACAAACAAAGGAAAGAAGCUGCUCUACGAUUGGCCGAACAGCAGGCAGUGGCAGCCGAGGUUGCGACAUCUCCGUCAGCAGAGGCAGCUACUUCAUUUACACUAGAAGAGGAGGAUAUUGAUUAUCUAAGUGCUGAUUGGCUACUGGAGCUCCCAGAAGACCUUGACAUGUGCAUCGCGCAGCGCGACUUUGAAGGAGCAGUGGAUCUUGUUGAGAGAGCCAAUGACCAUCUGAAGGACUGCCCCCGGACGCCAUCGGUGAAGGAGUUCCGAGCCCGCAUCGACCACCGCGUCAAGCAGCUCACCGAGGGCUUGUUGAGUGAGCUGCAGGUCUCCCCUGAACGCUCCCUCCGAGGGGGGCCACGAGCUGCCAGGCGAGCUGUCACUCAGCUCAUUCGCCUCGGCAAGUCAGCACAGGCCUGCGAAUUGUUCCUGAAGAACCGGUCGGCCAUCAUCAAGUACAACAUCCGCCAGCUGAAGUUCGAGGGAGCGACGGCGCUCUACAUCCGCUGUCUGUGUGGCGUCUUCUUCUCCAGCCUGUCGGAGACGGCCAGGGAGUUCCUGAAGGCCUUCCCAGACCAUUACGGCUGCUUCUCAGCCUUUGUGGUCUGGUCUAAGCAGGAACUGGAAGCAUUUGUGGCAACCUUCUGCCGGCAGGUUUUCGAGAGCAAGUCCAGUCUGACCACCGUCACUGAGUGUGUGCAGAUGUCCAAGGAUCAUUGCGAGGAGUUGAGUACUAUUGGCCUUGACCUUGGCUUCUCACUGGCGGGGAUGUUGGACACGCCCCUGCGUCGUGUGAUUGACGAGUCGCGAGACCAGCUGGUAGAGGGAGUCAAGUACAGAGCAGGGGAUGACAGAUGGCGACCGAUGAAUCACUUGAACAAAACUGACUGUGACAAGUUUGUAAGCGACAUGUCUGAGAUAGGACUCGGGCUGAUCAAGUCUAUGGUGUAUGACGAGUGUUUCAUCAGUCUGACGAUGAACACCAUCAACUUCUCCAAGAGUCUGCUGCUGUUCUCGGAGGACCUGUUGAAGCUGUACGCCGUGGACCUGGAGGAAUUCAUCGCUGACGCCAUCACCACUGUCUUCAGCAGCCAGAUCGCCCACUUCGAGCGUUCCCUCAAGUCCCCCAACUACACUCAGGAUCACAAGUUCAUCCUGAAGAAUGCUCAGUUUGUGUUGGAGAGUGUGAUGAGUCUGAUUGAGAUGCAGUACAAGAAGCAUGGCCUCCCCUUCCCCGCCCAGCUGCAGGAGGUGAAUAACCACUACAGGAAACUCAAGACUCUCGCCAGCACAUGAUCUACGCUACUGCCGCAACACGUCGGAAGUGUGCCACAUUGCUUGGUCAAAGACUUGGAAGCAGUGGUUUGAGAGAAGCUAUCAUUGAUCAAAAACUAAAGUGUGAAGCCAUGUGUCAGAAGACCUGUGAAGAUCCGGGGUAGACUAGGUUUUCAGCAACCAAUGCUUGUCGUAAGAGGCGACUAACGGGAUCGGGUGGUCAGGCUCGCUGACUUGGUUGAUGCUUGUCAUUGU